AUGUCUUCCAAAUAUUUACAAGUGUUGUUCCUUUUUGGCGUAGUUCUAUUCACCUCCACCUCACUUGCUGAUCACCGCCAUGAGCCUCCAAAAAAUGAGCUUAAACCACCAGAGCAUAAGCCACCAAAAGACAAGCCCCCACAUGGACACAUGUUAGUAGAGGAGACUGAGAACUCAUCCAAGCCUAAUUUCACAGGUCAUGGUGGCAAGGGAGAGCAACAACCAUCCAACCAGUCUGGUUUUCCAGGACACGGCGGCAAGGGAGAGAAGCAACCGCCAAAACACAAGCCACCACACGGACACAAGCUAGAAGAGGAGAUUGAGGACUCUCACCAGCCAUUUCGUGGACACAGUGGCAAAGGAGAGAAGCAGCCGCCAAAACACAAACCACCUCAUGGACAUAUGUUGAUGGAGGAAGUUCAAGAGGAGUUACACAAGCCAGUUGCUGGACAGAAUGGCAAGGAAUGGAAGCAACCACCCAGGAAGAUGAAGUUGCCAAUUCACGGAAAGAAUCCACCAACUCCCCCAUCAAUUAACUAG